AAGAAAUUAAGACCUAAGCCGGAAAAGUUGUUAGAAAAGGCAAAGAAAAAUAGAAAAAUAGAAAAUCAAUCUUCCUUUUCCUCUUUUCUGAGUUAGGUCCCGUAUCUUUCUCUCUCUCUCUACUAAAAUGGCUCUGCAACUAUGGGAAACGCUUAAAGAGGCAAUCCCAGUCUACACAGGUCUCUCUCCUGCCACUUUCUUUACAGUUGUGGCUCUCGUUUUGGCUAUUUACUACGUCGUUUCGGGCUUCUUUGGACCUUCCGAUACUUACGAGAGGCCUAGAUCUUUGGAGGAGGUCCAACCCCUCCCUCCUCCUGUUCAAAUUGGUGAGGUGUCUGAGGAAGAGUUAAAGCAGUACGAUGGUACCGAUUCGAAUAAACCAUUGCUUAUGGCUAUCAAGGGUCAGAUCUAUGAUGUCACUCAGAGCAGGAUGUUCUAUGGACCUGGGGGACCUUAUGCAUUGUUUGCAGGUAAAGAUGCUAGCAGAGCUCUUGCAAAGAUGUCAUUUGAAGACAAAGAUCUCACCGGUGACAUUUCUGGGCUCGGUCCAUUUGAGCUUGAUGCAUUGCAAGAUUGGGAAUACAAGUUCAUGAGCAAGUAUGUUAAGGUUGGAACCAUUAAGAAGACAGUUCCAGUGACUGAUGCCUCUCCUUCUGGGGAAGCAGAAGCCACCAUAGCAAGCCACGAUGAUAAGCCUACCGAGGACGGCCCAGAAAAGCCAGCAGUAAAAUCUGAGGAUGGUCCAGAAAAGCCAGCGCUUAAAUCUGAGGACGCGCCUUCUGCGAGUGAAUGAUUGCUUCAAGUUGGGAUAUUUAUGGGAUGGGAUGACAAUAUGCAAAGAUGAAUGUUUGGUUAGUUAGUUAGUUAAGCGUAUUGGUAAAACGAAUAACUCCCUGUUUGGUAAAUUUGAGUUUGAGGGCUGCAAUUGACUGUACUCUAUUCAUCUUUGGUGUCUUGUGUAGUUAAGGGCAUCUUAUAUAGUUAAAUUUAAGAACUGUAUGUUCUUUUAAGUUCCAUAACAAUGUCUUAUUUUUCAUCAAAAUAAUAUGAAACUACUCAUUUACAUGGUA